AAUGAAAUAUCAAUCACAAAUUAGAGACCUAGCAAGGCGGAAAAAAGGUGAAAUGACCUACAAAGAACUUGAGGCAGACUUGAAAAUCUCAAAACUUUCACUCCAGUAUAUCUGUGAGAACAAAAGAGAAGGAAAACCUGACAGAAGGGGAAGACCACCCAAAGCCAAUGACAGAGUGAAGACAUUGAUUAAGAGAGAGUGUAUAAGAUUGCAGGAAAACAAAGAGUUGGCAACUGCUGAAAAAAUUAAGGAUAAUUUAAGCCUGGAUGUUUCUGAAAGAACCAUUCUGAGGAUUCUAAAUAAAAAUAGAGCAAAGUAUCUGUCUAUUUUGAAGGUAUGCCCUUUGUCAGCAAGAGCAAAAAGCACACAGUUAAGUAUACUUGGUAGAUGGGUUCAGAGCCAAAUUGAAUACAAAAAAGUUGGCAAAUAUGCAAAAAAAACUUUUAAAGAGGCAAAUGGUUCCCUAAAUAUAUGGGGUUUUAUAAAAAGUGAUGGCAGCAGAGGUUUAUAUAAAAGUAAUUUAAAUUUGGAGAAAUAUCGAGAAAUUCUUGAUAAAUCUGUUUUAGAGAAUUAUAAUAGAGACCAUGUAUUCGUACAGGAUAGUGCUCCAUGCCAUACAUCAAGGGGUACCUUGAGGUAUCCAAAUGAAAAGAACAUAAGGCACUUGGAAGACUGGACAGACCAGAGUCCAGACCUAAAUCCUAUUGAAAAUUUAUGGUCAUACCUAAAAGGAAGGUAUGAGAAUGAGGUUGUUGAACCUAAUGUAAGAUUCAGUGUUCCUGAAUGGAGUGGAGAUAAUUUUAAAGUUAUUUCAAUUGAGGAAUGUUUUGCUGUUUGCAAUUCCUAUGAAGAAUGCAAGGCAAUUGAUUAUAAAAUGGCAACAAAACGUUGUCAUUUAAAGAGUUCAUAUACAGGCAAGAGCUAUCGUGAUAACUUUGUAUUAUUUGUGAAAGAUACACAACCUCAAUUAUCGGACAACUUUUAUCAUAUUUGGGAGAAUAAGGUAGUUGUUUCAGACCCACCCUUUGUUUCUCCCAUAUGGAAUACUGAUUAUAAAGCAGUAAGUCUUGAUGUCUGUUUAAAAGAAUGUAAUUUGCAUUCCGGAUGCAAAGCUAUUGAUUAUGUUUUGGCAUCUAGAAAUUGCUCUUUAAAAACUCAAUAUACAAACUACAAAUUCUUUGAAGCAGGUCUACUCUACAUAAAAGGUGCUUUUUGUAAAUAA